AUGAUGUACUUGCAAACCCCCAAGAGGCCCAGUUUGCCUCCCACUCCUUCCAGCUACAGUGGCAAGCCUACCAGCUUGCCGCCCUUGCUGUCAAUCCUCAAUCUUUCCAAGGACCACUAUCCCAACGCACUGUCCACGCCGUUUCUCCCUAAGUUGCCGCUGGUUGAGUUCACCCCCUCCAAGUUCCACCCAUCACAUCUGCACGCAAUGCCCACCCCCCGCGCAGACACCAGCGAAGGCGACAUCAGCAUCUCCGAAAUGAAACGCACGCGGGUGGAGCUUGUACGGGCGCACUCCACGCCAGCCAAGCUGACUGGCGCCAAGGACAGCAAGUCUUUUGCGUUCAUCUCACACUCGCCUGCCACUUUCCCCCUGCAAGAGCCUGCCAUCGACAACGCGCCACUUGCUAGAAGAAAGCGCAGAAGAACUUCCCCUAACGAGUUGUCCAUCCUCAACUCCGAGUUCCAGGCCGGAUCCACCCCCAACAAGCUGCGCCGCAUUGAGAUCGCCAAGCGGGUGUCGAUGACAGAAAAGGCGGUGCAGAUCUGGUUCCAGAAUAAGCGUCAGAGUUUGCGCAAGCAGUGCAGCCACGAAAAGGAAAUCACAGAAUUGCCUCCUACCCCUCCCAUCAUCAUUUUGCAGCAGCAAGCUGCACCUAUGCCGCUUCCAUUGGUGCUGUCGACCCCCACCAAGCCCAUCAUCCAUAAGGCCCACUCGUUCAUGGGCAGUCCAACCGUGCCGCUAGUGGGCGGAGCCUCGACCUCGUCGCCCAUCAAGGAGCGUGCUCGUUCUAUUCCCAUCUUCAAGUCCGACGACGCCGACUCGUCGCUUGACGACUCAAUGAUCGCCACCGGCUACGUGCUUAACGAGACGCGCAAGAAGCAGCCAGUGCUGCUUAACUCUAGCAGUGCGUCCACCAUGACUUUCAAGUUGACGCCAUCUGCAAGCAAGGUUGCGCACAAGUUGACGGUGGCUGCAGAAGACAAGGAGAAUAGCGGCAACGCGCGCAAGGACUCGGGUGUCAAGAUAGAACGGGUGCCGUUGGCUGCACUCAGCGCCAACACCGCGCCUGCUGACUCCAAGCACGGGGCGGUCGAGAACUUGUUGUCGUUGAGAUCGGGUAACUGGGUAUAA